AUGAACGCCAGUGAAUCUGUCAGGCCGCAUCAAGAUGCGAGCGAUUACAGUAUUCAAUUGAAUCGUUGGUUUCUAAAACCAGUGGGCGCUUGGCCAAGUUCAGCUUCGACGACAAUCAGAGAAAAGGUGAUUUCGACGAUACUGAUAAUCAUCUGCUACUCUCUGAUAAGCUUCACGGUCGUACCCUGCAUCCUGAACAUCUUGUUCGAAGAGACUGACGUGUAUAAAAAAUUAAAAGCAAUAGGUCCGUUAAGCCACUGGUGCAUGGGAGGUAUGAAUUAUUUCUCCCUGCUGUUUCGCAACCGUGACAUACGUCGUUGCGUACAGCACAUGAAAACCGAUUGGCGAACGGUGACGGAGAGUAAGGAUCGACAAGUGAUGCUCAAAUACGCCAAAGCCGGCCGUUUAGUCGCCGGGUUGUGCGCAAUUUUUAUGCACGGCGGUGUAUUCUCACACAGCGUUCUGCAGGGCACUACACCGACGUUCGAAUGUAUCGGUAACAUGAGCGUGUCGGUGCUCGUGUUACCGUGUCCUUCGUUCAGCAAGUUUGUGGAUGCUACGCAGAGCCCGGCGGGCGAGAUCGCGUUAACGCUACAACUUAUCUCAAGUAUCGUCGUUAAUUCCGUCACAGUCGGCGCCUGCAGUCUCGCAGCUGUGUUUGCGAUGCACGCGUGCGGCCAGUUGAAUGUGUUGAUGAGGUGGCUAGACCAACUGGACGAUCGAAAACAGCAAGAUUCGGUGCAGAAGCGAUUGGCGAUCAUUGUAGAGCACCAUCUGAGAGUAUUAAGUUUCGUGGCACAAAUGGAAGCACUUUUGAAUCAGAUAUGUUUUGUGGAAUUGCUAGGAUGUACAUUUAACUUAUGUAUGCUUGGAUAUUAUGUCAUUACGGGAUGGAAUGUGAUAGAGAAAAAAACAUCAAUAGCUUAUAUGAUCAUAUAUAUAUCCAUGAGUUUCAAUAUUUUUAUAUUCUGUUACAUUGGCGAGAUAGUCACCGAACAGUGCAAACAAGUAGGUGAAACAGUCUACAUGACUAACUGGUAUCAUUUGCCUCAUAAAACGGCUCGUGGUCUGAUUUUAAUUAUUUCUCGUUCGAGUAACGUAAUCAAAUUAACUGCAGGAAAAUUAGUUCAUCUUUCUAUUUCAACUUUCGGUGAUGUGAUGAAAACCUCCAUGGUAUACCUAAAUAUGCUGCGGACUAUGACAGCUUCUUAAAUAAUAAAAGUUACACCAUUUUGUUACGGAGCGUUAGCAAAUUCUAGUUACCACUGCAACUUUAAAUUAUAUUUGAAUAAACAUGUAAAUUGUCAAUAAAAUAAAAACAUUUAUAUUAUUUAAAA